UAUGUAUGUGGAUAACGGCUCACAGAUAUUGAAGUCACGCUGUGCCAUACCUGUGAAGUAGGAUCCCGAUUCCUUCCUCCAGGCUCCAUGGCAGGGCAGGGCUAGGCUAGGCAGGGGCUCGUUCCAAUCACAUCCCAAUUUCCCAUCUAUAGCACUCCUCAUCAAGCCCCAAUCGCCCUCUAGGACGCGGCGCGCAACAAUUCCGCCAAAAUAGCGCGAUUUCAGCCUCGAGGGAGAGUCCAGUCGACGGAACCGCGGGCGAACGGAAGCAAACCCUUCUCAUCUGCCUCGGAGAUUCAGGGCAGAUGAUGCAUACCGGCUGCUGAAGAUUGCGACGUGCUGGCCAGCACCAGUAGUUGCCUCGUUGGAUAAGCCUGGCGGGGUUGUGCAUUUGACUAUUCAUCAAACAUAUAAGAAAUGGGUCAAGCACUUGGUUUGAUACAAGUGGAUCAAUCAACAGUAGCCAUCAAGGAAUCUUUUGGGAAGUUUGAUGAGGUACUAGAGCCUGGAUGCCACUUCUUGCCAUGGUGCAUAGGGAAGCAGAUUGCUGGGUAUCUUUCACUGCGUGUGCAGCAGCUUGAUGUCCGCUGCGAGACAAAGACAAAGGAUAAUGUCUUCGUCAAUGUUGUUGCAUCUGUGCAAUAUCGUGCCCUUGCUGACAAGGCAUCUGAUGCCUUUUACAGGCUGAGUAACACCAGGGGGCAAAUCCAGUCAUAUGUCUUUGAUGUCAUCAGGGCUAGUGUUCCAAAGAUGAACUUGGAUGAUGCAUUUGAGCAGAAGAAUGAUAUCGCCAAAGCUGUGGAAGAUGAACUUGAAAAGGCAAUGUCUAUGUAUGGGUAUGAGAUUGUGCAAACACUGAUUGUUGAUAUUGAGCCUGAUGAACAUGUGAAGAGAGCCAUGAAUGAGAUUAAUGCAGCUGCUAGGAUGAGGUUGGCUGCCAAUGAGAAAGCUGAAGCGGAGAAGAUACUGCAGAUCAAGAGAGCUGAAGGUGAUGCAGAAUCCAAGUACUUGUCUGGUCUGGGUAUCGCAAGGCAGCGUCAGGCUAUAGUGGAUGGGCUUAGGGACAGCGUUCUUGCUUUCUCAGAGAAUGUGCCUGGGACCUGCGCCAAGGAUGUCAUGGAUAUGGUUCUCGUGACCCAGUACUUCGACACCAUGAAGGAGAUCGGGGCCUCAUCCAAGACCUCUUCGGUCUUCAUCCCUCAUGGACCAGGUGCUGUCAAAGAUAUCGCGGCACAGAUAAGGGAUGGUCAGCUCCAGGCCAGGAUGCUCUGAGAGAGCAUUGGAAACCACAUGCUUCUCUUUUCCCAAUCAUUAAAGAAGUCUGCAUCACUAUAUAUAUCUUGUGAGAUUGAGUAAAACUUAGGGGAUACAGUAGUAAUUUGAGUAUUGCACUUCAGUACAGAUUGUUUAUCUAGAUGAAAAUGUUAAUAGGCUUGUAUGGAUUGUGCCGGGAAAGAAAAGAACCUAGUUGCUGUAAA